AUGGAACUGAAAAUAAGAAUUUCUUUCUUUCUUUCUUUCUUUCUUUCUUUCUUUCUUUCUUUCACACUCUACAUCCCUUUCUCUCUCUCUAUCACACGCUUCAUCCCUUCCUCUCUAUGCGUCUAUCUCUUAUUUUCCAGCCCUUUUUCUCUUUCUCACCAGCCCUUUCCCUCUCCCUUUCUCUCUUUUCCUUCCUCUCCAUCCCUUUUCUUGUUCACUCUCGCUAGCCCUUUCUUUCUUUCUUUCUUUCUUUCUUUUUUCUUUCUUUCUUUCUUUCUUUCUUUCUUUCUUUCUUUCUUUCUUUCUUGCUUCGUCCCUUGUUCUCUUUUUCUGUCUUCCCCUCUUCAUCCAUUUCUCUCUCUCCCCCCAUACCCCCGUUUCUCUCUCUUACAUCCACAUUCCUUUCUUUCUCUCUCUCUCCCACCCUCUCCAUCUCUUUCUCGUUCACUCUCUCUAGCCCUUUCUUUCUUUUUCUUUCUUUCUUUUUCUUUCUUUCUUUUUCUUUCUUUCUUUCUUUCUUUCUUUCUUUCUUUUCUUUCAUCCCUUUUCUCUAUCCUUCCCUUCAUCACUUUCACUCUUUUCCCUCUCCCCUCUACAUCCGUUUCUCUUACCCUUACUCCAUAUUCAUUUCACUCUCAUUCCUUUCUCUCUCUCAACUUCUUCGCCACUUUCUCUCCCCUCUCCAUCUCUUUCUCUUUUCCACAUUCUCCAGCCAUUUCUAUCUGA